AUGGGUCCAAAGAAUGUUGGAUCGGAGGAGAUGUCCAUAACUUCUGAUGCCUCGACCGUUCAAGUGGAUAAUAAUGAUUCCAGGAUUCAUGGAAACAAAGUUGGUACCACCACAGUUAUUGAAAAACCCGUCGUCCCCAAGAAGCAACAGCAACAACAACAACAUCGAUUUGUUAGCAACGAUGUGAUUCCAAACUUUGCCAAGAAUGGAACGGCGUUGACACAAGAAGAGCGAGCCGCCAUUGCCAAGCGUAAAGGGCUGUGUGUCCAGUGCGGUGUCAAGACGCAUACGAUUUCCGUCUUUAAAAAGGCACCUCUCACAAAUGACCAUGUGUACAAGGGUCUUUGUAUCAAAUGCAAUCCCA